GACGCUGCAGAACCAUUCUGCGAUCAAGCUGACACAAUUCUUUAUAUGCUGGUUGACUCAAUUCUUUAUCGGGGGGUGAACUCCUGAGGAGCGAAUGAAGAAACAAAUUUUGCUUUUGUUUACAUUCAGAGGACUAGUGAGCAAAGGGAAAAAGGGUAAAAAAAGAAAAUGGCCAGUUUCAUAUUACGGAGGGCUGAACCAAAGGACGUGUCCGAUAUCCUGCGACUCAUAAAGGAACUUGCCAAAUUUGAAGAGAUGGAGGAGAAAGUGGUGCUGACAGAAAAAGAAUUACUUGAAGACGGUUUUGGAGAUCAUCCAUUCUACCACUGCUUGGUUGCUGAAGUACCAAAAGAGAAGAGCUCUGAUGAGUACACCGUGAUUGGUUUUGCAAUGUAUUAUUACACGUAUGACCCUUGGAUUGGGAAGCUGCUCUACUUGGAAGACUUCUUCGUCAUGCAGGAGUUUCGGGGUCUUGGCAUUGGUUCAGAGAUCCUGAGGAGACUGAGUGAGACGGCAGUGAAGACUCGAUGUAGCAGCAUGCAUUUCAUCGUAGCAGAAAACAACACAAAGUCCAUCGAGUUCUACAAGAGAAGAGGUGCAGCCGAUCUGUCCUCUGAGGAAGGCUGGCGUCUCUUUGAGAUUGAAAAGCAGGACCUGCUGAAGAUGACUUCCAAAUAGAGUUCAUUGACCUGUACUGAUUGUUGAUUACGUGAUUGCAAUCAUGCUGCUCUGUUUGGUCAAAAGUGCUCCACUUGCUUCAUAAAUCAUUUAACCAGGAAACUAUUACUUUUGAUAAUCAAACACUUCUGCUCAUUUGAACGUUACACUGACCUCUGCUGUUCAGUGAGUGAACACAGAUUUGGAAAUAGCAUGAUCAUUUUGAGCAGAUAUUUCUUACUUGAAUAAGAGGCCUGUAAAAGGAAAUAAUUGAGAUAAGAAUUUUGUUUUUCUUCCUCGCUAUUUUGUAACUAAUCAUCACAAAGUCCUGUUUCUUCUUGUGAACCUUUUCUUUGGUUCCUGAUUUCUGAUGAAUGUUUAUUUGCAGAGGUGAUUUUUUUCAUUUUACUUUUUAUGCAUGGUAUUAUAAAUUUAAUUCAAUAAAUCCAAACCUUUUUAAAUGAACUUCUGACUUAAAUGGUAAACUGAAUAUUUGAUUCUUGUAUUAUCAAGUUAUAAGACAACCUUGAAGCCUUGAAUCAUGGAUGAAGUCUUCAGGUCAUGUAAUUAAGUAAAAGCAAAAGCACCAAUAUGUAAAAGUGACUGUCUUGUGAUAAAAAUGUUGCUCAAGUUAAAUAAACAUGAUCAACAAACUAAA